AUGUCUGAUGAAGUAAUGUCUUAAUAGUAGUAAUGAUUAAAAGCGGAGUUGGGCAUUAGUCAAAUUAAAAAUUAUUUAAUGAAUUUUUUGAAUAAAAAAUUAUUCUUUAUUCAGUUAUUUUAGUUUAUUUUUAAACAUGUCAUUUUAAUUUUUAUAAUGAUUCAUUAUUCAUUAUUCUACGGGUUAUUCUAGAUUUUUUAUAUUUAUUUUUGAUUAUUGAUUGAACAAUUGUUCGUUACUCAUUAUUCCGCAUAAUUGUGUUUAUUCCUAAUGAUUCGUAGAUAACUUGAAAUUCUGAAUUUAUUGAAAUUUGUCAUAAAUUAAAAUCAUACUGCUUUAGUUAUUUAAUUUAAUGUAAUAGUAUUAUUGUUAUUAUUAUUAUUUGUUUUGUUAUAAAUAUUUUAUUGUUAUCAUAAUUUUGUCACACAAAAUAUUCACAAGUUAAACUAAUCAAAAUAAUUUUUAUUUUUUAUUAUAUUUUUAUAUUUUUCACAAUUAAAACUAUUUAAAAUAAAAUAUUAUUCUUUAUUCACAAAAUAAUUAGUUAUCCAUGAUUUUAUUUUUAAUUUCUGAGUUUAGCACAGAAUGUUUUGUACUUUAGGGGGGUAAUUUUUUGAUUUUCUAAACAAUUUUCAUAAUAUCUAGGUAUAUCCGAGAUAAAACUUAACAAGAACAGGAAAUUUACGAAAAUAAUGCUUUUUAUUAUUUUCAAAUUUGUUUGGAAAAUUCAUGAAAUGCAUUAUUUUCAAUUUUGUUAUUUGUUGUAAUUCAGUUAAAAAUAUUUGUAGAGAAUUGAAAUUUGGACACAAAACUUGUAUUUGCUUUAUCUAAAUUUUCAAAAAAUUUAAAUCAUUUUUGACCUAUUUAUAGACAUUUUAAUUUUGAGUUUUAUAUAAUAUUUACUCAGUAGAUACUCUGUGGUAAAAUUAUAGGACUACUACAGAAAUACUUGAACAUUUUACAAGGGAGGUUCAUUAAAAAUUAUACUUUGUUAUAAAAAAAAUAUAUUCAUGAUUUUGUUUUUUUUUCCCAACUUUGAUUAAUAGUACUUAGAAAUAUAUAUAUAUAUAUAUAUAUUUUUAUUAGUUAUACCUACUAUAUAUUAGUAACUAAUUAUAUUAAAUUAUAAUUUUAAUUAAAAAGGAAAAGAAAAUAUACGUAUCACACAGACCUAUUUUCUCAUAUUAUUUAGUUAUUUACAAUAUUUUUUUAUUUCAUUUGGAAGGUUUUUCAUUCUUAAGUUUAUUAAUUACCUGCUGAUAUUUCCUGCUGUAUCAUAUUUGCUAAAUUACAGUUCUGAAGUACUCAAAUACUAUUUUUUUAAAUUUAAAUUGCCUUUAAUAGCAAUAAAACUUUGGAAUAUAUUUAUUACUUGUUGAGUUGUUAGUAUAGUACUUUUGUCAACACAUAGAUACAAAUGAGCCAAAUAAACCAUGCUUGUAUAAUAUUUGUUAUAAAAUAAAGUUAUUUUUUUUUUUUAGCUGAAUUAUGACCAUGUUAUUAGAAAAUGCUUUAUACCCAAAGAACUUAAACUGGAUGAAAUUAAACAACAGAUUGAAGUGGCUUGGGAAAGUUGUGUAUCCAGUAAUAUUUUCAUUAACAAGGAAGAGGUGUUCUUACAUUCUUGUUUUGUGGAAAAAGUAAGAUGGUAAGUAUUCUUAUUUUAAUAUUGUGUUCAUAUUUCAAUUGUUUUAAAUUAAUUGUAUCUAUUACAGCCUAGUACCAAAAAAAAAAAAGGCACAAGAUGUUGAAAUGGUGAAUUUUUUAGAGGAUGUAACUAAAGUUUGA